AUGGCCGGUUGUGCCUUCGCGUCCAGACUGUCGCCGCUCGUGAGAGGAAGCUUUUGCAGCAAAGUGUGUUGUCCCGCGCGCACCGCUGCCCGUGCGUUCUCGCGCGCCGUCACCUGUCCCCAGCUGCAGCGCGUGCAGGGCAGCGGCGCUUUAACGGGGAAAGUGGACCGGUUCGGCGGAGUGACGGUGAACCUGGCGGACACCGGACUGCCGGCGGACGUCAGCGAGAGUUCGUUCAGCGCUUUACUGGGAGAUUCUUUAGUCCAGUGGAAAGCAGAGGGGAAGGUUGCGGUGUGGCUUCGAGUCCCCAUCUCACUGAGUCGAUGCGCUGCAGCCGCCUCGGCUCACGGCUUCACCUUCCAUCACGCCAAAAACGACCACGCUGUGCUGGCUCUGUGGCUGGGAGAGGACGAAAGCAGACUGCCGGGUUUUGCAACUCACCAAAUUGGAGUGGCAGGUGCCGUUGUCGAUGAGUCCAGUGGAAAAGUCCUCGUCGUCCAAGACAGAAACAAGACGAAGAAUGCUUGGAAGUUCCCCGGUGGUUUGUCUGAUCCAGGAGAAAAUAUUGGUGCCACCGCUGUUCGGGAAGUGUUUGAGGAAACCGGCGUUCGCUCCGAGUUCAGAUCUUUGCUCAGCAUCCGGCAGCAGCACAACCACCCCGGCGCCUUCGGCAUGUCGGACAUGUACAUCAUCUGCCGACUGAGCCCGCUCACCUACGAGAUCAACUUCUGCACUCAGGAGUGUCUGCGCUGCGAGUGGCUGCACCUCAGCGAGCUGGCCAAAACCAACGACACCACACCCAUCACCACUCGCGUAGCCAGACUCCUGCUCCACGGCCUGGAGCACGGCUUCGACAGGGUGGACCUCACCAUGGAGGAGCUUCCUGCCGUGUACUCAGGGAUGUUUUACCAGCUGUACCACAGACAGCUUCCUACAGCGUUAAAAUCAUAGGAAGCCGUCACAUCAGCAUGUUAUGACUUGCUGUGCUGAAACAUGGCUGUCAGUAUUACUCAUAUUUAAAGUGUAUUUAUGACUGGACUGUUACUGUGGAGGAAUUAUGGUGCAAUAGGUUUUGAACUACAAGUAUAUUGACUUUGUGGUUGUUGUUUUUUUUUUACAACCACUUUGGUACUUGCAAUUACUGCAGUUUUAAACGGUUUAUUUAACACAUUUUGGUGUCCACAGGGACUGUAAGCAGCUGAUUUUGAAAAAGGUACUGUUCUAAAAUCUUCUAUAUUAAUGACUGGGAACAAAUGACCUCAUGAUCACGGUUGAGUUCAGAUCUUUUUAUGUUGAUAGCUAGCUAAACACCAGUUUUAGCUGAAUAGCUCCUCAGAGAACUAAUGCUACGGCUAGUAUAUAAAUAUAAUAUUAUCAAUUGUGCAGGCUGCCUUGCUAAGUUAGCCCACUAGCCAGUUAAAAAAAAUACAGUUAAAAUCAUUGACUGUUGAACUGGGCCUAAUUGAAGAGUGAAAACUGUUGCAACUCUAACUUAAGCAAUUUCCCCUCUGGGGUCGAUAAAGUAUUACUGAUUCUGAUCUGAUACUGAAUAGUCAAAAAAAAAGUUGUUUUUAAUCUGUAUAAGCAGCUCUUGGCUUUUACAUUUUGUGUGUUUGCUGUGCUUAGUUUGUGUUUUGCCAAAUGCCGUUUUAAAAUACCAGAUCCAGAAUCCUUAAAUACUUCAAUAUUUUACACAUUAUUUAAAAAA